CUAUGAUUGGCUGAGAAUCCAGGAACGGGCGUUAACCUCAAGGAAAUCGUGGCAAGAUGGCGUCCCUGGAUCGGGUGAAGGUUCUGGUGUUGGGAGACUCAGGUGUUGGGAAAUCUUCACUCGUCCAUCUUCUAUGCCACAAUCAAGUGCUGGGAAAUCCGUCAUGGACUGUGGGCUGCUCAGUGGAUAUCAGAGUUCAUGACUACAAAGAAGGAACCCCAGAAGAGAAGACUUACUAUAUAGAAUUAUGGGAUGUUGGAGGCUCUGUGGGCAGUGCCAGCAGUGUGAAAAGCACAAGAGCAGUGUUCUACAACUCUGUAAAUGGUAUUAUUUUAGUACAUGACUUAACGAAUAAGAAGUCAUCUCAAAACUUAUAUCGAUGGUCACUGGAAGUUCUCAACAGAGAUUUGGUUCCAACUGGUGUCCUGGUGACAAAUGGGGAUUAUGACCGAGAACAAUUUGCUGAUAAUCAAAUCCCACUGUUGGUAAUAGGGACUAAACUGGACCAGAUCCAUGAAACCAAGCGCCAUGAAGUUUCAAUUAGGACUGCUUUCUUGGCUGAGGACUUCAAUGCUGAAGAGAUUAAUUUGGAUUGCACAAACCCACGGUCCUCAGCUGCAGGCUCCUCCAAUGCUGUCAAGCUCAGUAGAUUUUUUGAUAAGGUCAUAGAGAAGAGGUACUUUUGUAGAGAAGGUAAUCAGAUUCCAGGCUUCCCUGAUCGGAAGAGGUUUGGAGGAGGGACCUUAAAGAACUUCCAUUAUGACUGAGUUGCACUCACCCUUUGGAAGAGUGAGCAGUGGCAGUUUUCACUGCUUUCCCCUGCUGUGUCAGGCUAUUGACUUCUGAGGCUUUGAUACAAACAUCUCAAAAUGCUACCUCACCCUCUCAUGGAAAAUUGAAAGAAAGCAACGAUGCGGAAGAUCCUACCCUGUUCUCUGUGUUGCUCACCUACCUGUCCCCGUUGAUAGCUUCUGUAAAACCCUCAUGAAGGUGUGAGAUAUUGUCAGAGCAGUGCAGUAAACAAGCGGUGACAAAGA